AUGCCUCUGAUCGCACAGAACCCUCUGCCGAGAGUGAUUCUCGGGUUGAUGACCUUUGGCCCAACCGAGGCCAAGGGUGCUCGGAUCACGUCACUGGAUGAGUUCAACAAAUGCCUUGAUUACUUCCAGCAACAAGGUUUCAAUGAAGUUGAUACCGCCCGUGUCUACAUCGAUGGUGAACAGGAAGCAUUUACAGCCAAGGCGAACUGGCAAUCGCGUGGACUGACUCUGGCCACGAAAUGGUACCCAGCUCAGCCCGGCUUCCACAAGCCGGAGGUCGUCCGUGAGAAAUUGGAGCUUUCUCUGAAGGAGUUGCAGACCGACACGGUCGAUAUCUUCUAUCUGCAUGCAGCAGAUCGGGCCACUCCAUUCGCUGAAACUCUCGAGGCUGUUAACCAGCUGCACAAGGAGGGCAAGUUCGUACAGCUUGGUCUGAGCAACUUUACAGCCUUUGAGGUGGCCGAGAUCUCCAUCCUGUGUGCUGAGAGGGGAUGGGUCCGUCCCACCAUUUACCAGGCCAUGUAUAACGCCAUUACACGCAACAUUGAGACUGAACUGAUUCCCGCCUGCCACCGGUACGGUCUCGAUAUCGUUAUCUAUAACCCGCUGGCUGGUGGUCUUUUCUCCGGAAAAUACAAGUCGAAGGAUAUCCCUGCAGAAGGCAGAUACAGCGAUUCGAGCUCUACCGGACUCAACUAUCGCAACCGUUACUUCAGAGAUGCCACCUUCGAAGCUCUGAGUAUCAUUGAGCCUGUCGUAGAGAAACACGGUCUCACAUUGUUGGAGACGGCUCUGCGCUGGGUCCGCCAUCACUCGGCUCUGAGAAUGGAUAAUGGCGGUCGUGAUGGGGUCUUGGUGGGAGUCAGCAGCUUCGGCCAGCUUGAGACUAACCUUGCCGAUCUCCAGAAGGGUCCGCUCCCAGAAGAGGUUGUGCAGGCUUUGGACCAGGCUUGGCUGGUUGCCAAGGCCAAUUCUCCUAAUUACUGGCAUCUGGAUCUGAAGUAUACUUAUGAUACUCAGAAGGCGUUGUUUGGGCCUAAGGAGUAA